AUGCUCAGUGAGUUCGAUAUCAGUGUCAUGUAUCCAAGAGCACAAAAAAGUCAAGCCUUGUCUGAUUUGCUAACAUAUUCAUCCAAUAAUGACGAAGAUUGGACCCCAAAAGAGAUCCCAGGAGGGUUACCUGAAGCUACGGUUUGUGAUGACGAAAUACAAAAGAAAUGGAUAAUAACAUUUGAUGGGUCAUCAACCUCCAAUGGGGGAGGUGAAGGAAUAGUAUUGACCAACCCAGAAGGUAAGAAUCAUACUCAGGCAUACAAGUUGUCUUUUGAUUGUACUAAUAAUGAGGCUGAAUAUGAGGCACUUAUUUUGGGUAUGACGGCUGCACUAAACAUGGAAGUAAAAGAAGUUGUAAUUAAGGGAGACUCUAAGCUCGUCAUUCAGCAAGUCAAAGGAGAAUUUUCUGUGAAAGAACCAUCACUGGUGAUAUAUCGAGCAAUGGUCCAAGAGUUAGCAAAGAAUUUUCAAGAACGCCAGUUUGCACACAUGCCUCGAACACAAAAUAGGUAUGCUGAUGCUUUAGCUACCAUGGCUUCUAAGGUUGAGGUAUCUGAAACUCAAAAUUUGAGGAGGCCGUACCAAGAGUAUUUUCAAGAUAAAGUGACUCCAUGUGAUAAGAAAGAAAAGGAAAAGUUACUAAGACGUAUAAGCAAAUAUUGUUUAAAAGACAAUAAUGACCUUUAUCGUAAAGGAUUCAAUGGGAAGUUAUUGCGUUGCAUUAGCAAUGAAGAAGCAGAGGAAGUUAUGAAAGAAAUCCACCAUGGGGAUUGCCGUGAACAUCAAGGAGGACGAAAGUUGUAUGAAGAAGUGGAACAAAAUACAUGCUCCAGCAAUCUCUCUACAAUCUGUGACUACUCCUUGGCACACUUGAGCCAUGGAUCUCAUAGGUCUGAUUUCACCACCUUCUCAAGGAAGAAUUUGGAUCUUAGCAGCAACAGAAUGUUUCACAAAAUGGGCAGAAGCAAUCCCAUUGAAAAAGACCUCUACAGAAACUGUGGCAACUUUAUUCUAGAAUACAUUAUUUGUCGAUUUGGAAUACCAAAAAGAAUUUUGUCAGAUAAUGCUACACCUUUUACAAGAAAAGCAACGAAGAAGUUAUUAGAAGAUUAUAAAAUUUCUCAUGGAAAGUCAACUAGGCACUACCCACAAGGGAAUGGUAUUGCUGAAGCUUUUAACAAGUUACUAUUACGAGUUUUAAGUCGUAUGGUACAUGAUAGUCCCACAAUCUGGCAUGAAUUUGUCCCUCUGGCUCUAUGGACUUAUCGCACUUCAAAACAGGGAUCGACAGGAUUUACACCAUUCUCCUUGGUAUAUGGGUCAAAAGCAGUACUACCUGCAGAGAUAGCUGUACCUUUUGCCAAGUUGGCCAUGGCAGCAAGAAUGGAUGUGCAUCAAGCAAGGCUAGAAGAAUUGGAAUUGGUGGAUGAACGAAGGGAGAAAGCCAAAGAUAACCUACUACAAUAUCAACGACGUAUGGCUCGAGCCUAUGAUAAACUAGUACGUCCAAGGAUAUUUCAAAAAGGGGAACUAGUCCUAAAAGCUACAGAUCAUGUGAUGAGAGGUAUGCACACAACAAAAUUUGUGCCAAAUUGGGAAGGGCCCUAUGUUAUUGAAGAAAUUAAAGAUAGUGGCUACUGCAUUCUCCUAAAUCCUAACAUUGGAUCGACACUUCCUCCUACAAAUAUCAAGUAUGUGAAAAAAUACUUUUCUUAUUACGAUACAAGAUCUUAA